UUUCACAUUGUACAAAAUGUUUAUGUGUAAUACAUGUCCUGAAAGUUUUAUAAAUCUUUUAUAACAUGUGAAUAACAUGAACGUUUAUAUUCUUAAUAUAAUAAUUUCUUUCUAUACAUGAACUUCUUAAUAGUUCUGUAAAAAUUCAGCAAAGUAUUCCAAAAGUAUUGUGAAGCAGUAUAUUUAACCUCUAAAUUUAAUAGAGCACAAUAAACAUAAGAAAAAAUUAGAAGAGUUUAAUGUAUUCUUUAUAAGAUAAAACUAAAAAUAUUUUUAGAAUUGAUGUACAAAUCUUCAAAAUGAGAAGCCGCCGUAAUUCUGGUGUUCGUUUGGAUUAUUACCAAAGAAUUGUUCAUAAGAUUAUUAUGAAACAUCAAAAUGCAGUUACAGGACUUUUCCCUGCUAGCCCUGAUAAUGAUCACGCAUGGAUCCGUGACAAUAUAUACUGCAUUCUUGCUGUAUGGGGCCUUUCAAUGGCAUAUAAGAAGAUAGCAGAUGCGGAUGAAGAUAGAGCUAAAACGUAUGAACUUGAACAAAGUUGUGUGAAAUUAAUGAGAGGUCUAUUAAUGGCAAUGAUGCAACAGAAAGAAAAAGUUGAACAAUUUAAAAUCACUCAAAAUCCACAUGAUGCUUUACAUGCCAAAUAUAGUUCUGUUAAUGGACAAACUGUUGUAGGUGAUACAGAAUGGGGUCAUCUUCAAAUAGAUGCAAUUUCUUUGUAUUUAUUGAUUCUAGCACAAAUGACAGCAUCUGGUUUACAGAUUGUCUUCAAUUUAGAUGAGGUUGCAUUCAUUCAGAACUUAGUAUUUUAUAUUGAGUCAGCCUAUUGUACUCCUGAUUAUGGAAUUUGGGAGAGAGGUGAUAAAACAAAUCAUGGAUUACCAGAAUUAAAUGCUAGCAGUAUUGGAAUGGCAAAAGCUGCAAUGGAAGCAAUGAAUGAGCUAGAUUUAUUUGGCGCAAGAGGUGGACCUACCUCUGUGAUUCAUGUAUUAGCAGAUGAAGCACAAAAGUGCCAGGCAGUUUUACAGUCCAUGCUGCCACGUGAAUCUAACUCUAAGGAAUUAGAUAGCGGAUUAUUAUCCGUUAUAAGCUUUCCGGCAUUUGCCGUAGAUGAACCUAGUUUAAUUCAAUUAACUAGAGAUGCUAUUACUAAAAAAUUACAAGGUCGUUAUGGAUGUAAAAGAUUUCUGAGGGAUGGAUAUAAAACACCAAAAGAAGAUCCUAACAGACUUUAUUACGAACCGUGGGAAUUACGAAUGUUUGAAAACAUAGAAUGCGAAUGGCCUUUGUUCUUUUGUUAUUUGAUCGUGGAUUACUGUUUCCAAGGCAAUAAAGAAGUAGUAGCAGAAUAUUCGAAACAAUUAGAAGAAAUAAUGAUCAAAACGGAGGACGGAAUGAAAUUAAUACCUGAAUUAUAUUCUGUAGAAGCUGUAAAUGUAUCAGCAGAAUAUGCUGAACCAGGUAGUCAAAAACGAGUUGCAUUAGGUAGAUGUCCAUUUAUGUGGGCUCAAUCUCUGUAUAUAUUAGGAAAAUUAUUGCAAGAAGGUUUUCUUGCUGUGGGAGAAUUAGAUCCAUUGAAUAGACGAUUGUGUAGUGAAAAGAAACCAGAUGUCGUGGUACAAGUUGUUAUACUAGCAGAAGAUUCUGAAAUAAGAGAAAAAAUAGCUCAGCAUGAUAUUCAUGUUCAAACAAUCGCAGAAGUUUCCCCGAUAGAAGUGCAACCUGCAAAAGUACUUAGUCAUUUGUAUACCUAUUUGGGUCGAAACAAAAAAUUAGGAUUGACUGGACGUAAAUCAAGAGAUGUAGGAAUCUUGAGCACCAGUAAAUUAUAUUCCCUACACGAUAAAAUAUUUGCAUUCACUCCACAGAACUUUGAUGCGGAGGAGUACUACACGACAAACGAUGCAGCCCUCCUUGCCAACACUUUUACAACCAACUUGGCCUUCCUCACCAUCAACUGGAAGCAAAUGCUCGGCAGGCCAACUAUAACACUUGUUGCCACUCAUAAUCACCUAGAUCAAGGAAAGAUACCAUUAGCCAUGAUAACUACUAUGAAGAAAUUAAAAAGUGGUUAUAUCAAUGGUACACGAGUCUCAUUGGGAAAUUUAAGUGAUUUCUUGAGCACUUCCUGCAUCACAAAUUUAAGUUUCCUAGGAAGCUCUGAAGACGGUAGGCCGGAUAAACUAAACCCUCAGGUUCAACAGUAUUUAGAAGAACAUUUGAUGCGCGCAUUUCCUCAUCGCACAGGUCUUCUUAACAGACCGGUAAUUCGAAGUGCAAAGAAUUUGAAACGUAGAAUGUCUGUAAAAGGUGCCAUUAAGAAAACGAGAUCAAUUGCUGUAGAACCUGUGGUUUCUCCCGUUUCACAAGAAUCUGAGAUUCUUGGAAUGGCAGGAGAGGAUAGAAGACCUUCUGCUAUUUUAAAUACAAAUCCAUUUAUUGAAGUGACAGAUACAACGCUAACUUCAAAUCCUCCACCACCAGCUACAGAUCGCACGCCGUCUCCUACAGAUGAUAUAUUGUCAUGGCCAAAUUCUCCAAAGUUGCAUAGACCCAGGGGCAUGGGGGAAACUCAGUAUGCAGAUACCGAAGUUGAAGAACUAUUAUCAAUGCUUCGAGAAACUGAAAGUUUAGAAGAGCAAGGAGAUAUUUUACAAUAUCUUGUUGAUUCACAAGGUCUAUAUUUCAAUACCGGCAUGGUGGAAGAGGGCCAUCCUGUUUUAAUAAAAGAUUUAUUGAAAGAUCUUUACGAAAAAGCCUGUCAACAAAAAAUGUGGGGAAUCGUACGUCAUACUGCUGGUAUGCUAGGGAAACGUGUCGAGGAUCUAGCCAAAGCGGUCACUGAUUUAUUAGUUCGUCAGAAACAAGUUACGGUUGGAAUGCCACCAACCAACGAACAUACUAUUGUUGCUCCAUUACCAGAAAACGAAUUGCGAGCAUUAAUUCAUCAAGCUUAUGGAGACGAUGAAUCUACCGCUAUGUUAACUCAAGAGUUGCUUGUUUAUUUAGCAAUGUUCAUUAGAACAGAACCACAGUUGUUUCACGAGAUGCUGAGACUUAGAGUAGGAUUAAUCAUACAAGUAAUGGCUACGGAAUUAUCAAGAACUUUAAUAUGUACCGGAGAAGAGGCAUCUGAACAUUUGCUUAAUUUAUCACCAUUCGAGAUGAAGAAUCUUUUACAUCAUAUUAUGAGCGGAAAAGAAUUUGCAAUUAGCAGCGUUGGUCGAGGUAACUUCUCCGUUAUCAGUUGUAAAUCCAGCAAAGUUAGUAAGAAAUCACAAAUUGGAGGUUUCUUAACUGCUGAUCAAGUUGAUGGUGGUGAAACAGAACCAGAUCGUCAAGGUCAGUGGUUACGGCGACGAAGAUUGGAUGGCGCGUUAAAUAGAGUGCCGCGUGAUUUUUAUCCUCGAGUAUGGCAAGUGCUCGAACGGUGCCAGGGUUUAGCCAUUGAGGGUAGGGUCCUACCUCAAAAUCUUACACAGGAAAUGACACCAGGGGAAUUAAAAUUUGCACUAGCAGUAGAAACUGUUUUGAAUACUAUACCACAACCAGAAUAUCGUCAGUUAAUCGUCGAAGCUUUAAUGGUGUUAACUUUAGUAACUGAAUAUAAUGUAGUAGCUUCCCUGGGUGGACUUAUUGCUGUUGAACAGUUAGUUCAUAAGGCCAAUGCUAUCUUUUUAGAUGACCAGAUGAAAAUUGAUGGCGAUGCUACCCUAUGCUGCGCUAAACCGAAAGAACAACGAGAAACCACUGCAAUGGGAAAUCUUCUUUGCGGUGGGGCAGCAUAUGUGUGCCAACACUUUUAUGAUAGUGCCCCAAGCGGUAGUUUCGGAACGAUGACAUACAUUACAAGAGCCAUUGCCUCUUUGUUAAACUGUUUACCAAACGAUGGUGAUAUAGAAUGUUCAAUAUCAUAAUUAUUUAUUUUCUUAGACAUCAAUUUUAAUUAUAUUUAGAAGUGUUCUUUUAAAUCAUACCAUUAUUAACAAUUGUUUGGUAUAUUAAACAAUAAAAGAUUGUGACAAAUGUAUAAAA